AUGAAAUAUUUUUAUUUAAUAUUUAUUUUAUUUAUUACAUUAUUUAUAAAUUAUAAUGAUGCUGCUAGUAAAUUCCAAGUACCAUCAAAAAGAGUGUAUAUGAAUACUCAGAACAAUUGGUUCAAUAAUAUUUUAUUGAAUGGAAAAAUUGAAGUUCCAAAAGAAUCUGACGAUAUCACUUUGAUGGAAUACUACAGAAUGCUUUCGGUUAGUUUGUAUUCCAGAAAUGAAAACGUUUUAUCUGUCAUUCUCGAUGAGAUUUGGCAUUCAGUUUUUAUCAAUGAAACUGCGCCAUAUGGAAAUGGUGUAUCGUUGCCAUUCUUAUCCAUGAUGAGAGAUCUCAUUGAUGAAACUACCACUCUCUACGAUACAACCAAUACCCGUGCCAAGUUUGAUUUAAUCUAUCAAUAUACCACCGAGUUCCGUACUGCCAUUGACAACUUCAAGUUGAAUCCACGUGCUCUUGGUGCCGUCCGUGAAUCAUUCGAACAACUCGAGGAGCUUUUCACGACACAACUUACCGACGGCGUAGGAUUCCGUAAGCCAGCCAAGCAACUCCAACAAAUUCCAAUAUUCACUCUUACUGCUACCAGUCAUUUAUUCAUGCUGUCAGAGGUCAUUCGUUAUGGACAGAGUUGGGGAUACACAGACACCGAGCUGCUUGCCUACCAAUCAAAAUUAGACCUUAAACUAAGAGAGUAUCUCGAGUAUGUCAGUGAUACCUAUGACGUAGGAGCUUCAGCACUCUUUGAAGGUGUCGAUCCAGAGGAUAUGAAUGCCGACGACUAUGAGGUAUUUAUUCAAUUCAAAAAUGUAUACAUUCAAACUGUAUCCGAUUUUGCAAUGAACUGGUGGAUGAUGGAUUCAAAAUUAAAGAGUGGAACAUACGCUGAAAGAGUUCGUUACCUCUUCUCUGAUAUCGUUGGAUUCAAUGUUGAUCCAGAUGUAUCGGAUUUCAAUGGAUAUUACAAUCCGACUUUCGAUAGAGUCUUGGAGAUGGCAGAAUCCGCUGAUAUCAAUCGUUUCAGAGGUAUUUUGAAUUCCGCUGUAUUUGAAUAUCAAGACCAACAAUUUAUCUUGUCUGUAAAAUCGUUGUUCACAGACCCAGCCGACUAUACAUCUCAGUGUAAUUCCACCAGCGCCAAAGUAUGUACCAAUUAUUAUAUUUCCAACCGUGGAUCGCUUUUCAAUGCAACCGAGCAAUUUGGAAACCACAAGAUCGGUAACAUCUUUGGUUGGAAUCUCAACACCCGUGCUCUCAGCUAUCCAGUUCCCGAUGCACUGACCGUUGCUUUCUUACCAUCGGAAGUAUUCGCCAACAACCUCAUUGUCAAAUCCAUCGCGACGGUUGUCAAUGCCCAAAAGUAUUUGAGUCAAGACGGUACUGCUUUUCUCUCUGCUGAUUACAAUAAUUUACCAGGCAGCCACGUAAUGAUGCUCGACAACCAGACAUCGAUCACCUACCGAUUGGACUCUGCUUACAGUACACCAACUACAUUCUCGCUUUCACUGCACUGUAUACUCGCCGAUAAAAGACCAGCUAGCAUCACCAUGUUAGAUCACACCCAAACUCCAGUGGCAACAUACGCACUCAGCUACACACCAUUCCCACAGAUUCUCUCAGCCAAUCCAUCGUACAACAUCACCUUACAUCCAGGUGAACUAAACAAUGAUUUCACCUUUAUCGUAAAUGGUGGUCAAGUUGCUUUACAAUCUUUAGUUUUAACUCCACUCUAA